AUGUCGCAAAAAGAGGUAAGUGUACAUAAAAGUCGUCGCGGUCGGGGUCUUAACGAGUUUCGCAGCGAGCCACUGCGGGAACGCACGUCGGCCGUGCAACAAGUUUUAUUUACCUUCGGCCUGCUGUUACCGAAUGCGGAACGCGCCGGAGCCGAAGUAAUUGGUGCAAUCAUCUUGUUGAGCGUAAACAAACGAGUACACAAUGAGGUCAUGCGGGCUGCACAUCUUGUGAUAACUAAAUCCGAUGACGCUCAGCCGACAUUUACGGAGGCUGCCACGACGCAGCUGACAACCGAGGAACCGGACCCACCGAUUAAAAUGACAGAGAUGGACGUUCGAUCUGAGAUCACCAUGCGUUACGCGCACACCGCCAUCGUCACGCGGGUCCAAAACCCUGCGAAGAGAUCCCAGGAGGCCACCUUCAGGGUGCUUCUGCCCGAGACCGCCUUCAUCAGUGGAUUUGUUAUGACUUUGGACGGAAAAUCUUAUAAGGCAUACGUAAAGGGAAAAGAAGAGGCUAAGAAUAUAUACAAUCAAGCUGUCUCACAGGGAUACGGUGCUGCUCACAUUAGUGCCAAGGCGCGCGACUCUAACAUCUUCACGGUGUCUGUGAACGUCGAACCGAGGUCGGCCGCCGUGUUCAACUUGACGUACGAGGAGUUGCUGACCAGGCGGAACGGCGUUUACAACCACGCGGUGAACCUGCACCCGGGCGCGCUGGUGCCGAAGCUGACCGUCGUCGUCCACAUCAAGGAGACGCAGCCCAUCAGCGAGCUGAGGGUGCCCGAAGUGCGAACGGGCAACGAGGUGGACGCAACAGAGGAAGACGCGCAGAACACUAACGCUGUGAUCGAGCGGGGCGCCAAGGAUCGUGAGGCUACCAUCACUUUCAAGCCAGAUCUCGAGGAACAAAAGAGACUGAUUCAAAUUUAUAAGGAAAAAUCCAAGGAGCGCCGAGUAAAUAGUUACGGAUAUGAUUAUGAAGCUUCACCGACCCCUCAAGAUGGUAUCCUAGGACAAUUCGUAGUGCAAUACGACGUUGAUCGCACAAAAGGCAGCGACAUAUUGGUUAACGACGGCUACUUCGUGCACUUUUUCGCGCCGACCUCCCUCCCGCCGCUGAGCAAGCACGUCGUGUUCGUCCUGGACACGUCGGGGUCGAUGAGCGGCCGCAAAAUGGAGCAGCUGAUCGCGGCCAUGCUCACCAUCCUCGCCAAACUGAAUAAGGGCGACGUCUUCAACAUUGUCCAAUUCGAGUCAUCCGUUCAGAUCCUCGACAUAAAAUCCUUUUCGGAAUCCAGCCCACCCGUCGAGCGCGAGUAUGGCUACUACCGAGAAAACGCGUUCGAAAUGCCCGCUCUGUUGCCACCUGUCGAAGCCACACCCGAGAACAUUGCUAAAGCGAAACUCUUGGUGUCUGGAUUACGGGCCGGCGGUGGAACCAACAUCGCCACUGCACUCGAUGUAGCAAUUGCCCUCAUUCAAAAAGGCGCUUCGGUCACCAACUCCACUUCUGCAACCACCACUCCUAAGGCUGACGGAUCACAAGCGACAUCUGACAGUGCAGCUAACACAGAAGUCGCGCAAGAAUCUGACAAGGAAAAAGUACAUAAUGGAAACGCCAAGAAUAGCGAGAGUAUAGAUGACAAAAAAGAACCCAUUGUGAUUUUCCUCACGGACGGAGAGCCGACUGUCGGUGAAGGCAAUCCUUCGCGUAUUAUCAAAAUCGUGGCGGAGAAGAACUAUGGAACUAACAAAGCAUCGAUAUUCUCUUUGGCGUUUGGUGAGGAUGCAGACCGGACCUUCUUACGCAAACUGUCGCUCAAGAACGACGGCUUUAUGAGGCACAUUUACGAAGCCUCUGACGCUUCGUUGCAGCUCCGAGAUUUCUACCGCCAGAUCUCCUCUCCGCUCCUGGCUGACGUGAAGUUCACUUAUCCGCCUGAUCAGGUUAAGGAGGGUUCGCUGACGAAGAGCAAGUUCCGUAGAUUUUACGCUGGCUCCGAGGCAAUUGUGGCCGGUCGCAUAGAGGAGAAUAUCGCUGAGUUGACGCCCCACAUAUACGGAAUUUGCGGUGUCGGAUUGGACGACGCAGGCAGGAAGCGUUACGAGGUAUCGACUAAGACGCCUGUGGAGCGCGGUCGCGACUCAUACCUCCCAUUGGAGCGACUUUGGGCCUACCUCACCAUACAGCAACUGCUGGACGAGCGCCACAUCGCAGACAUCAGCGACGACGACGAGCUGAGCCCCGCGAAGAAGGCUCUAAAGCUGGCUCUAAAGGUGGAAAAACUAAUUAAUUUAAUUUCCCUUUCAGAAUCAUCCCCGCCCUUCGCAACGUCCCAGUUGUCUUCACCACAACAGUUUUUCUCCAGUGGAUUGGCAUCAAACUACCCGAUACCGCUCAGUGGUCUCCCGUCUCCACUGGCUGUCAAUGGGUAUGUGGAGAGGUUUGAAGAUAUGCUCGUUGAAUCUGAAGAUGAAAUCGGAAUGAAAAUAGUAAAAUAUCCCUUGCGAAUCGACAAAUUCUCAGCAAGAGCUUCCUACAGGGCCAGGAUUGCGUGGCAUAAUUCAAUUGCAGAGCCACCUAGCACGACGCCUAUAUUAACUACGAGCUUGAGCCCCUUGAAAUCAUACAGGCUGUAUGACUUCCCAUGGACAGAGCCUUUGUUGAAUAGCAGCUCAGAUUGCAUCGCUCUUCAAAUCAACGGGACCCAAUUGGACCUAAAACUCUCGAAGGACGCCGUUGCACCAUCGGAAGCCACCGGCGAUGUCGAAUGCUCAACUGCUACGGACAACUCUACUGGACUUUGCGUAUAUUUGACGAGGUGCUACGCAGCUCGCAACAUCACCGUCGACACCUACAGCCGCACCUACUGCGUUGUCAGUAACGGCUAUGCGGGAGUUUGUUGUCCAAGGAGUGAAGUGGAUAAAACGCCU